AUGAAGUACGGAGCACCCAAAGCGGCAAUGUUCGCGGUAGUGACCUUUGUUGAAAAAUAUAGAUCAUACCUAGGCAGCGAGCCAUUCAAGCUACGAGUCGACAACAGAGCACUCAGUUGGUUAAAAACGUACUCAACGGACCAGAGCUACAUCGGCAGAUGGAUAGUGCGCCUGGAUGGUUACGACAUGAUUAUCGAGCACAGAACAAGGGAAAAACCUCAGAACGCCGAUAGCUUGAGCAAAAAGACGAAUUUUUACGAGAGACAGGAGCAAAAGGAGAACGAUAGGCCGGAGAUCAAACAUGGUUUCUCGUUUAUGGACAAGGAGGCGUAUGACAGUCCUCCACUCACGAGGUGGCUUGACAAGUCAGGGAAACCGAUAGAGGACCAUCCUGAGCUACUAGCAGAACAUGAAACGAAAGAAAUUCUCAAGAGAAAAACAGGGUUACCAAUGGAAAUGAUGCUCAAGUCGAAGAUAGUAAGGUAA